CGGGCGGAUUUACCGGCGACUGGGAGCGGGGUGCGCGUCACGGUGAAGUGCCGCCAUGCCCAUGUACAAGGUGAGGCCGUUCCACGGCGCCGGUGGGGCGGUGCUGGCGGAGCAGCUACCUACCUGCAUGUACCAUCUGCCCAGCUUGCACAGCCAGCACCCGCCCGCCGCCUCGCCGCCGCCGCCGCAGGAAGAGGUUGAUCCUUCACUCCAAGCACUUGAAGCCCGCCAGGAGUUGAUUCUGAAACGCUUGUAUGAACUGAAGAGUGCCGUCGAUGGUCUCUCAAAGAUGACACAAACCCCAGAUGCUGACAUUGAUGUAACUAACAUAAUUCAAACAAAUGACUGUUCUCUGACAGCCAGUGGAGCAGAUUUGGAUGUGAUGCUUGGAAAGGAUUAUGGUGCCCUGAAAGAUGUUGUAAUCAAUGCAAAUCCAUCUCUACCUCCAUUGUCACUAUUAGUACUGCACAAUCUGCUUUGUGAACGGUAUAAAAUAUUAUCAGCUGUUCAUACACAUUCGUCUGUGAAAAGCGUGCCAGAAAACCUCCUGAAAUGCUUUGGAGAGCAGACUAAAAAGCAGCCUCGUCACGAGUAUCAAUUGGGCUUUACUCUUAUAUGGAAGGAUGUUCCAAAACCCCAGAUGAAGUUUAGCAUUCAAACAAUGUGCCCUAUUGAAGGAGAAGGGAACAUUGCCAGAUUUCUCUUUUCCCUGUUGGGCCAGAAGUACAAUGCAGUUACUUCAACUCUGAUUGACAGCUGGGUUGAUACAGCCAUUUUCCAGCUCAGAGAAGGCAGCAGUAAAGAAAAAGGAGCAGUCUUGCGCUCUAUGAAUGCUGCCCUGGGCAAGGCAGCAUGGCUGGUGGGAAAUGAACUCACCAUAGCAGACAUUGUUGCAUGGUCUGUGCUUCAGCAAACGGGUAGUGCCAAUGCUGCCCCCACCAAUGUGCAAAAAUGGAUGAAGUCAUGUGAGAACUUGGCACCUUUCAGCUCUAUUCUGAAGCUACUCAAGUAAGCCUGUACUCUUGAUAAUGGUGUAAUUUUAAUCUUAUUCCUCCUCAUGCCUACUGUAGUGGUUUGAGUCCUUUCUGAGAUGUAUUCGAGUACUACAGAUGGAAAGAAUUCUAAAAUCAAUAAAAACAUUACAGUUAA